AGAUUCUGGCUUCCCCUCUUCCCGCCCUACUGAGCACAUUAUCCCUGACCCUAUACCCACUCACUGUAACCGUUUUACAUUUACUUUAUUUGCCCUCUUGUAAUCGCCCCCAAGGCCUUACGGAGUUUGGGGGCGUCCCAGGCCCUCCUCUCCGAUAGCAUCUCUAGUAUGAAAUCACCCUUACAAGUUUUCCCUAAUAUCGAAAACAGUUCACAUCGCUCGUCCUUUUUCUCAGAACGUCGAUGUGAAUCAUGAGUAGAGCUUAAUCUGAACCGAAUCAAGAUGGAGCGAAAAAUCGGUGUUGGUUUAUUUGCCGUGUUGCUUGCAGCGCCGCCAUAAACUCUGCUUUGCAACCAGGCGGUUUCUGUAUUUGCUGUCAAAACUGCGGGAAAUAACAAGAUGCAGGGGCAACUUGCAGGCGCAGGGACGAAGUUUCCGUUC